UAUAAUAUCUUUGCUAUAAGCACUAAAAAGAAAUGAUAUAAUUUCCGAAAUAUUUAAAUAAAAUAAUAGAGUAGCAUUUAGGAUAAAAAUCUAUAUGCCAAUUUGUAAUUAUAAGUUGCAAUGGCGCGUAUAAAACAGAAUCGCCAUUGGAGCAAUAUUAUUCGAUAGCUUAAACGAAAUAGUCGUUUUUCCCCAACAGCGGUGUAAUGAUUUCACGGCGAUUUUCACUAGUCGUUGCUUUAAUAAGCCCAAUUGGCAUUUAUGCAUUUUUUGAAUUUAACAAUGCCAAGUGUAUUAUAAGAAACCCAGAAGUGUUGACAUUUGACUAUUGCUAUCUAAGGUCCGUUAAUCGUACUUACAAAUAUUUUUCCAUGAAAACCAAGUUUUUGUCCUUGCCUGUUGAUAACACUUGGGUAUCUUUAAAGGUCUACAAGAGAGACAACAGGCACAUCUUUGAUCGAUAUAAUGUCACUGUAGACGGUUGCAGAUUUCUAAAGGAACGUAAUAAUGCGCUCGUUAACGUCUUAUUUGGCAUCUUUGAGGAGUUUUCGAAUCUCAAUCACACGUGUCCCUUUGAUCAUGAUAUACUUGUAGAAAAGCUCCCGGUGCAACAUGUCAACACGCUAAUUAAAUAUAUUGUUCCUGAUGGCCGUUAUAUACUAAAUACCACUUGGAGUAUUCGAAAAGUUCCAUUUGCUGAGAUCAUUGUGUACUUUACAAAAUUUUGAAACUAUUGCAAAAAUAAAUAAAAAGUUUA